AAGGGGCGGGGCGGCGGCCAUGGAGCCCCGGGGCCGUGCCGCCGAGCGGGGCCCGCCGUGGCCUCCCGAGUCCUCCCGCCCGCUGGCGGCGCAGGUGAUGGAUUCUCCCUAUGCAAAUGGAGCCUACACGCCCCCGUACCCAGCAGCUCCCAGUGCUGCCCCCCACUACGCCAGCCUGCCACAGCCACGGGGGUACUACUGCUCGGGAGCCCCCUACCCCACGGAGCCCACGGGCAUGUACCGGCCCCCGUCGCCUGCUCCCCCCUGGAGCUAUGCCCCCCAGGACUGCCCCACUGAAAGGUCCUCUCUCCGCAGGCAGCAGGUUCCUGGCUACUCCCCGCCUCAGACCCCAGGAAUGCCCAUCCCACAGUAUCCAUAUGGAGACAACAAUCCAGGGAUCACAGCCCAGGGGCCUCCACCACAGCCCAGACCCCCAGAGGACUCCUGGGCCCCCCCCACUGCCUAUGGGGUGCAGCCACGUUAUGGGUGGCACACAGCCCCGGGGCAUGGGAACCCCUUUGUCUCUGAAUCCCACUCACCCUGGGCUGCCAGUGGGGCUCCUGCCCACCCUCCUGCCUGGGACCCAAAGCUGCAGGAUUAUGACAAACCUGAGCAAGGCACCAACCACCACAGCUACUACUCCGAUGUCAACCAGCAGCACUCUGGGACAAUCAGUGACCAGAGGCCAGGCAGCACCAAGCCAGCCCCCUGCAAGGCCAAGGUGCAGUACAGCGCCCAGCCCCAGCUGUACGAGGCGGCGCCUCGCAAGCCUGCGGCUGGCAGCAGGGAGGUUGGCUUCAGACCUGCUGAGCAGCCCUCCCCCCACGUCCAGCCAGAGAUUCAGAGGGUCCUCCAGGUCAUGGGGGAGGCUGAACAGCUGGAGCAAGAGGUGGAUGAGUUUGUAGGGAGAAAGACAGACAAAGCCUACCGGCUGCUGGAGGAGAUGCUGACCAAGCUGCUGCUGGAGCUGGAUUCCAUCGAGACCGGCGGCCAGGACACUGUUAGGCAGGCCAGGAAGGAGUCUGUCCACAGAGUCCAGGCCAUACUGGAAAAACUGGAAAGAAAGGGACUGUGAAAGCACAUCAGCCACGGCACACAGCCUGCUGGUGAGGUUCCAGAGAGGUUUAGCUCUGGUGAAUCUCAGCUCUUUUCUGCCUGCGCACUCUUGGCAGUGGAACAGCAAUAAGCCCCAAAGUUAAAGACAAAACCACCACAAAAUGAAACAAAACCACCAAAAUACCCCCCCCGAAACCCAGCCCCACCCAAAAAAGCCCCAGACAACUUGGCAGUGGAGAAACAAUGAGGGGGCUGAAGCAGCAGACCGAGUGGUUUGUUCCAGGCUUUGGAAAAGCAGAACCACCUGAGGUGCUGCAGCUGCAGAGGUUUCCCUGGGGAUCUGCAUCCUCCUCAGCAGCAGGAAGAAAAUCCCUGUACAGAGUUCCCCAAACCAGCCUGUAGGUGCCUCCUGCAGCCACAGCAGUUCUCUGAACAGCCCAAGUGCUUGUCAGAUGUGGUCACCACAGCAGCACCACUACACACAGCCACUCACUAAGGCUUUGGGCUCCUCACUCACUGCCUUUGUGUUCAGCUUCCUCACCAUCAAACCCUGCAUUGUGCUGGGCUUGGGGCUGGUUUUGGUGCUGGGACCAUGCUGGCAGCCCAGCAGUGCAAGCAGCUGUCACCUUCUGCUGUUCCUCCCGUCAUGAAGUCUGUGGACAAAGGAGCACAGCCUGGAGAUCUCAGCUCUGCAGCUGGAAAGGAGAGGGAGAUGCAGAGGGAACCCCCAAGCAGCUGGAUGCUUGGAAAUGCUUCCCAGGGUACAAGCUUCACUUUUGUUUGUGAUGUCCUCCCACAGGCUGCAGGGCUGUGCUGGUGGCACUGCAGAGGGAACAGCUCAACCUGCUGUUAACCUCCUGGUUCAGACAUGCUUGGUGAGUCAUUGCUGUGUCUGAUGAGAUAAUAAACCCCAACGACU